CUGCUCUAGGAGGAUGCGAAACCCCUGACCUCUGUCUGGAGAGUGCUGAUUGGCCCUGUGCUGAUCACAUGCACUCCCCCAAGAAAAAAAAAAACCUCUAGCAAUAUACACUAAACUGAGCAUGUGCAUGUGGCUACAGGUUCAGUAUGUCUUAUCAGGAGAAGAGGAGGGCAGAGAAAACUGGAUCAAAGGGCCUUUUUACACAAUGCAGAUUAUUAACCCCUUAGGUUCCACAGGGAGUAUAACCAGCAUGCUUUACUGCAUAUACAGACUGAUUUAACUGCAGUGGGUUUAG